AUGGACGAUAAAUCAGAAAUUAACUAUGAUGAAGCUGCACAUCCAAGUUAUAGUAUGCAUAUGAGCGAAAGCCAUAGUGCUUAUGAAGAAGUAAAUAAGACAUCAAGUGAUAGUGAAUUUGUAGAUGAUGACUAUUCAAAAGUAAUGAGUGGAAAUAAUUUAGAGAGUGAUAAUGUGAAAUAUAAUCCUGAUUUAUAUAAUUUAGGUAAAGCAAGACAAUAUUUAUCUCCUAAAGUACAAGAAUAUGGAAUACCAGGACAAGUAAGUCCUUAUCAUUUCCCCUAUAACGAAGAAGAUUAUUUAUCAAAUGUGGAUACAGAAUAUGAUGAGAACGGUUUCCCUAUAAGAACUAAUAUUGAUGAUAAUAAUGAAGAUAAUAAAAAAUUAUGGUCAUGGACUAAUGAUGGGAAAUUAAAAUUAUUAUGUUCACAACCUAUAAUACCUGUAUCGGUUGUACAAGGAAUAUUAAGAAGAGAUAAGAUAAUAUUAAUUCCACAAGUGGAAGUAACAGAUGUAGUUAUCCCUAAAGUAUAUAAUCAAAAUAUAAAACAUGAUGUUCCAACAUUAAAUAUAGAAAUCAUGAAAUCUAAUGUAAAUAUACCAAACGUUAAAUAUGUAGAUAAAGAAAUAAUUAUUCCAAUAAUUACUGGAUAUACUCAUAAGUUUGUUCCUAAGUGGGAUAUACAUGAAGUACCAAGACCUGUGGUCAAAUAUAUAGGAGAACAAAAAAUUGUAGAAGUAGAAGUACCCGAAAUUAAAUAUAUAGAUAAAUUUGUUGAAAGAGAAGUUAUUGUCGAUACAGUUGAAAAAAGAGUUCCUAAAAUUAUUGAAGUACCAAAAUAUGUAGAUGAAGUUAAAUAUGUAUGGAAACCAAUAGAAAAAAUUGUAUAUGUACAGAAAUUAAUUCCAAAAUUUGAUGUAAACUUAGAAUGUCCACCACCUUUAAUAGUACCAUAUCCAGUACAAAGAAUUAAACAAAUUUCUCCUGUUAUGGUAAAAAAGAAUAAUACAGAAAUACCUGAUUAUAAUUAUUAUGAUUUAAAUUCACCGGAAGGUUCCUUACCAAUACCUGAACAAUAUAUACAUCAUUAUUCAAGAAAACAAAAAAUGAAUAAGGGCUUGCUUUCUACAUGUUGCGAUAAGAAAAUGGUGACAGAAGAAGAAAAAAACGUCGAAUUUGUUUCUGUACCAUUAACUAACGAGCAUGACAGUGUUUGUGUCGAUGAAGAAAUUAAAAAAAAUAUCAACAUGUCACAAGAAAAUAUAAAUAGACAAUUAAAUAAUAAUAUGGAUAAUUUUAUAUAUGACAGUGAUAUAAAAAAAAAUAAAGAUAAGAUGAAUUCAUCCGUAAAUGGAAAAGAACAACUAUAUAUAAAUUCAUAA